CUGCCGCGCGGCAUGAGCAGGUCGUGUUUUGACUCAAUGCAGUUACGAUAAGUCGCUAUCAGCCCGUAAUUUGCUAAACUGGAUAUUUUCGACAUGACAAAAGAGAAGCUUGGUAAUGAACUGCUAUAUAGCAGAAUAGGCUACAAAGUUGAUCGCUGGAAGUGGGUUCUUGACAGGCUCCCAAAAACUAUUGACAUCUCAAAUCAAGAUGACCUCAGUACAGACCCUGUGCUUUCUGCACAAGACCUGCAAGAGCUUGACCUCAUAAGAGCAUAUGGUCUUGACAAAGUACCAAAAAGUCUUCCAUGUCCGAAGCGCUGCUCUCAGAAUGUGUGGUGUCUUGCUAGCCUAAAAGCUGCCAGUGCUGCAGGCAAGUCAGGUUCUCGAGUGCCACUGCACCAGCAGGAGCGCACUGAUCUCAACAUGCCUGUGGGUCUGCAGAACACAGCCAACACCUGCUGGAUCAAUUCUGCCCUGCAACUCUUCUAUCAACUCCGCAAAUUUAGAAUUGCAAUCAAUUCUGUUGAAGAUUUUGAUGGCGAUCAAACUUUGGAUUCACUGGUGUAUCUUCUCCAAGUUGUCUUUGCUGAAAUGGAAAGCCAUCCAUUCAAAGCUAUGGCCUGUAAAGCAGGAAGUGUCUUUGAGAAGCUGGGGAUGUUUGCAUCGCGUGAGGUGAUGAAGAAAGAUGCUAAUAAUGAGCUGCUGAAGUGUGUCUCAGAGUUCAUGGAGAACACAAUAGACUUGCUGCUGGCUGACAGCAGACUGGCGUCUCAGGUGGCCCCUCUCUUCACUAUAUCCCUCACGAGACUGGCGAGAUGGCAGUGCAGCAAGUGCAGUCGAGUGCAUGAGUAUGAGUUGUCGCCAGCCUCAUCCUUCACCAUGGGCGCCUACAUCAGCGCUGACCAGGCUCCUCUGCAGCAGUGCCUCAUGGACCUCCAGGCGGAGACACAGACGGGCGUGUUGAUGGUGUGUGGUGGGAGCGACUCAGGGAGUCUCAACGCCUCCCUGAGCGGGUGUGGCAGUACGGUGAAGGUGGACAGAGUCGUCACUCCCAAGCUACGCAGCCUGCCUGCUUACCUCAUCAUCAGGAACAACAGUCUGGUGUCAGAUGAUGUUAAGCGUCGUCUGCAUGUGGUGUAUCCCGAGCUGCUGGACCUGAGCAGCCACACACUAGACGGACAGCCUGCACUGUACCAGCUCACUGGCGUGGUCUUCCACCACGGCUACUGGGCAAAGCAUUACUCGGCCCAAGUGAAAACCGACGAUGGGAACUGGUUUAGCUUCAACGAUGAGGAGGUCAUGGAGAUGAGCUUCAAAGCUGCUGCUGCCUCCCAGUCCAACCCUCAGGAAAAUCAUCCCAACUAUUUCAGCUUAGGUUCAGUGAGCGCCAAGUACAAGAGCAAGGACGGGGAGCGCGUGUCCCGAGGAGCCUUCAUUUGGCUCUACUCCCUGAUGGAGGACGCCCCCGCCCCGCCCCUCCUGCCGCCCCCACAACCUGUUCUGGAGUUCAUCAGCCAUCGCCGGACUCUUCAACAAGACGACAACAGCAGGCUGCUGGCAGACAUACAGUCAGAGCGCCAGAGUCUAGUAGAGGAGCUUGCAGUGACGGACCCCAAUGAGCCGUACACGGCGAUGAGUGAAGCUCUGCUGCUCGCGUGGCUGUCUUCAGAAGAGCGCGAGUUCUCGGCGCAGUCCUGCACUCUGCCGCCCCUGCGCUGUGCCCACGGCAGACUCAAGCCUCUCCUCGGUCACGCCGUCAAGUGUGUCAGGACCGAGGCCCUCCAGCAGCUACUGACGCACAGAUGCGGCAUCCAUGUGGCCCACCGAACUCUGCUCGCAGUCACUCACAACUCAACCAAGACCUCCUGCCAGGGCGAUAGUCCAAGCAGAGUGGCAGAGAGCAGUGGAUGUUCUCAGAGCAUGAAUGGUUCUAUGAAGACCUCGAGUUUUAAUGGAUUUCGUGAAAAAGAGUCCGAUAGCAAAAUGAAUGAUUCUGAUGUUGCUUCUUCGACCGGAUCGCCAAAUUCCACCCUCCCACAUGACGUGAUAAAUGGUGUCUCUACUCGUGUAGCUGAUACACAAGAUGCAUCUCUUUCCGAAACUGCAAUGGAGACAUCUGGUGUAUUGAAAUUACUCCAAACAUUCCCGUAUACUGAACAUCAGUGCCGAGAAUGCGUUGCUAAGCACGCCCGACACAUUUUGUUCCUUGAAAAGCUCCGCAUGUUACAUAAACUGUACAAAAAAGAGGCUCUACAACAAUAUAGCGAGGGCUUGAAAGCGGUCGGUGCUGUGAGCUUGGAUCUGUGGCCUAAACUAGCGGCCAGACUCUACGUCAAACAUCACGGCAUCGACAUGAGUUAUGAUGCCUUCUCUGAUUUAGCUGAAUCUGUUGGUGAAAAAGACGAGCCUGCAGUAGAAGAGGCUGCAAACCAGUCAAAUGACGUCACAGAAUCCAAGCCUGAUCUCGAAAGUGAUGCUUCUCGUCUCUGCUCGGACGCUCAAGCGGACCAGCAAGACAAACCUGACAGUUCUCUGGGCUUCAAAUUAUUCAAUGAAGAUAUCGUGUGUUCUCAUAAUCAAUUCAAUACACAAGCUUCUGUAUUUUAUCUGCCUGUUGCAAGUUAUAACACAAUAUUAAGACUAUUAGGCGAUGAUGUCCAUCCCGCAACGGUGCUGGACGACUUCGAGCCGUGCUUGGAGUGCCAGCAGGUCUUGGUCGAGACGGAGACAGCGUGUGAGCUCGGCGCGUCCCAAAGAAAUAAAUUACCUGCUUUAUUUGCCGACAAGAAACGACCAUCUCUAACCAGGGAUUGCGGAUCUCGUGUUUUCCUUCUUGAUCGCGACGUUUUCAAUGAUUGGCGGACUUACGUUCGUGGCUGCGUUAAGGGAGUUCCUGAGAAAAAACCUCAUUUUUCCAACGAAGAUCUUUUGUGUGUGCAUCGGAAACUCAACUAUAACCCUUCUAUCCUGGAUCCUGCCAGAUUCUCACGACUUUGGGUGCUUGUGUGGCCUGAGGAGUGGACAAUAAUUGAACAGCUCUAUGGGUCCAUGGCCAGUAGCGCAAUUCAAGCCACUAUAUCUUCUGAUGGACUUAUUGACAUAAUACCAGAUGUUUGCAAUGAAGGCUGUGUGGAGUCUCAGGCCCUCCUCGACUACGAGGAUCUCUUCGAGUAUCAGAACGAAGUCAUUUACGUUCGCCAAGUGCACUCUGAAGACGACAUCCCUCAGCGGGCGGUGGCUGGGACACGCUCCAUGGGUCCUGCUCCGACGCCUCCCUGUGUUGUCACAAGCUCACAGGACCUGGUCAGCGCAUCACGCAAGAAUUUAAAUAAGCCUGGUAAUGUUUCAUGUGCCGCCAUGGAUGACAGACAAACAACCUCUUCCGACUUGAGUGGUUCUGACCUGAAGUGCGAUGCUGGUGUAGACGGCGGACCUCAGGCUUGUGGCACCGCUACACUUGAGGGCAACGAGAAGCGUCCGUUAGACGAGAGCUCUGUGCAGGGUUCUUCAGGAUCCAGGAAAAUUGCUCGCCUGGAAACGGUUCAAAACGGAACGUCGACCAACGGCGCCAUCAUGCCUCCAGCAGCUGGGGAAUCUUCAAUUUCUUCUGCUGGCGCUCAGUCUGGAGACUCGGCGAUCUGCUUGUCACGACCUGCGGCUGUAGCUUCAGACGAGUCCGUGUCAUCCUCGGUUAGUUCAACCACUUCGAAGUGCAGCAAAACUCGUGAUGGCGGCGAUGCCGUGACCCAUUCUCCCCCUGCCAUUGCGCCCCCCUCGUCUGCGGACGCUGCUGUGCCUGCGUGUACUCCCUCGCAGCCCGUGGUCUCCGGGAACUCCCGCCAGAGCGGCCGGCGACGCUGCCCCAAGGGAGGCGCCCAAACUAAAGUCGCCACCGCCAGGCUCGUGCGCGCCUCUCAAUACUUCGCCUCCACCGACACCAUCAGACAAGUGCAGAAUUUUAUAGCGGAGAAGACGGGCGUGUGGCCGAUGCUGCAGACGGUGUGGCUGGUCUGGUCGGAGGACCUGGCUGCUGCCGUGUCUCUGCCUCCUGUCCCUGCACCUGUGCUGCUGGGGGAGGAACACCUCACCAUGACCCUGGGGGCUCUUAGGGUCAGACCUGGAGACACCAUCUACUUCAAGGCCGCUAAAGAGGACCUGGAGAAAGCUGCUGGCGACGGCAUCAUUGAGUAUGAAGAAAUAUCAGCCUGAGUGCCGGCGGUGGACAUUUAAGUUUGCAUGGAUUUUAUUGAGUAUUUUGGAUUUUAUUCAGUAUUUCCCCCUCGAGGUGCAAGGGAAUUUUGCUGUGCCCGGAAACGUGUGACCUGCUAGUGCCUGUUAGAUCAGCUACUUCUUCCAGAUCAAAGAUUCCUUGUUGAAUUUAGUUAGUAUGGAACUUAAGGAACUUUUCACAAAGUUUUAGGCAACAUUUAACUGCGGUAUUUUAGUUAGACUUGUUUUACGUUUCUUUCAGCUGGAUUGAAAUAUUUUCUUCAAUCGGAAUUGAAUAUUUUCUUUGAUUGAAUAUUUUCUUUGAUUGGAACUAGAUUAUUUUAAUUUUUGUGUAUGAUGACUAUAGUCUCUCAUCCUCAUAGAUCAUUUAUUUAUAACAAAAAUAUUUUUGAAUGUUAUUUUCUUCAUUCUUGUGUAGAUACUCACGUUAUUUUAGACAGAACUCACGUUAUUAUUUUAGAUAGAUUUCAGAUUUUCCUUUUGAAAUGUGAUGGUGACUCAUGAAAACUGCAGAAUAGAUUUUGUGUGCAUAUUGAAGAUGGAGAAAUGAUUAAAAUGACCGCAAACUUGUC